UUUUAAGAGUUAAAUCGAGAUUCUAGCUACUAUGGUUGAGUGGGUUACACAGCUUAGAGUGCGCGUAGGGAUGGAUUAGAAUAUGGCAUAUGCAGAAUGAAGAAGAGUGGGAAAAGACUUUAAGGUCCCUCAGCAAAUAGAAAACCAAAGUAACCAAAGUCUCACCUCCAUCUCUUACUAAAGUCCCCUCCACUUCCCUCUCUCUCUCUCUCUCUUCCGUUGUUAUUAUUUUCUCUCUCUAGAAAUCAGUGUGUGUGAGAGAAAGAGAGAAAGAGAGAGAGAGAGAGUCACCAAUGGAGUCCACCAUGUCCCCAAGGUACCAAGACAUCAACCACAAAGCACCAUUUACAACCGCCGCAAGCAGCAGCAGCUGCAGCAGCAAUGGGCUACUACUGUCACCUCAGGCUCAAAAGCCCAUCACGAGAUCCGAACCCGCAAACCCGUACCCGACAACAUUCGUUCAGGCAGACACGUCUUCCUUCAAGCAGGUGGUCCAAAUGCUGACGGGCUCAUCAGAGACAGCCAAGCAGGCUUCGAAGCCCGCAAGCCCGCACCACCACAACCACAGCAUCCCGCCCAUAAAGCCCAACGCUAACAAGAAGCAACAGCAGCAGUCAGGCUUCAAGCUCUACGAGCGAAGGAACUCCCUAAAGAACCUCAACAUCAACCCUUUGAUGCCCGUUUUCUCACCAAUCGGGUCGGGUUUCUCGCCCCGAAAACCCGAGAUCCUUUCACCUAGCAUCCUCGAUUUUCCCGCUCUUGUUCUGAGCCCCGUGACCCCACUGAUACCCGACCCGUUCGACCGAUCCGUUCGGAGGCUGAAGACAAAGCCAUAAAGGAGAAAGGGUUCUUCCUGCACCCUUCGCCUGCUUCCACUCCUCGGGAUUCUGAACCUCGCUUGCUCCCUCUCUUCCCCACAACUUCUCCUAGAGCUUCUCCUUCAGGUUCUUCUUCUGCUUCUGCUUCUGCU